AUGGACGACACCAAACCUCGACUGAACUUGGACGCGGCGGGCAUAUUCUGGGUAUCAUGGUGCGGCAUAUGGACCUUGCUGGUGGGGAGUGGAAUGGGAUUCCUGUGGUAUCGCCGGGACACGCCAUUGCUUAGGAUCCGCGGCCUCAACCUCUCGUUUGCCGCCAUCGGCUUCCUCCACACCUACUGGAUGGCUGUGCAGAUGGCCUACAUCGCCGACCCCUUCCCACCAAAAGCCGAGUACUGGAUCAUGGGGAUAUACCUCCCCCUUUGGCAUCGCGCUCUUCCACGCCUCGAAUACCCGCUUCCUCUACAUCGCGAGGCAGCAGAGGAGGAAGUUCGUUCGCAAGAGCUACCAGCAUGGGGAACCCACGCCUACGACCUUGUUCGGUCGUCUCCGGCGGCUGGGCCAUACUCGGAAAAUGCUCGUGGUGAUCGGCCUGGGGAUGGUGCUGCAGGUGAGGCAUUACAGCUUUUCCUUACCGUCCUUAUGUACUUGCUGUCGAGGAAAUUCCACCCGUCUUUUGGAGUGCCAGGCACCGAGGCCGAAGGUAGCCCUUGGGAUGUGAAUAAUCAGCAGGCUCGGGGCUGGGAAUGGUGGCCCUCAAUAAUCUGGCAAUUCUUCUGGUCAUGGAUAGUAGCCCCCGUGGUCCUGUGGCGGGCAAGACGAGUACAUGAUACUCUAGGAUGGAGGACGCAGACUCUCGCUUGUUGCCUUGCAGGCCUACCCGCAACGCCCAUGUGGCUCAUAGCGCUUUAUGUGCCGGGUAUGUCUCGCGUCAACAGAUAUUGGAUACCUCCACAAUGGAUCGCGAUCUCGAUUAUGUUCCUCGAGAUGUUCUCCAUAUUCCUCCCGUGCUGGCAGGUAUGGAGACAUCAAUCAUUACGACAAGACACCAUCGACAUGAUUGCCGCCUGGGAGUCUAAGCACAACAAUCAUGGCGAAGGCUCGUCAACACUAGGCGCUACCAGCGUCUUGGGGAAAAGCACAUCUCAGAAGACGUGGAAGACGAUAUCCGCGAUGGAGAAGGCGAGUACGACUGAGUCAGUAGGCACCGCCUAUUCAGGGGAGAGCAUGUUGAGCAUGGGUGCCCUGGAGUACGUGCUGGAGCACAACCCAGACCCACUCCGACAGUUUUCGGCCCUCAAAGACUUCUCAGGGGAGAACGUCGCCUUCCUCACAGCCGUCGCUGAGUGGAGGAGUCGGUACCGGACUGUAGGCAAGGGCGAAGCAGCACGAGAGGCAUACAACAAGGCCCUGCACAUCUACGUGGAUUUCAUCAGCUCCAAAGACGCCGAGUUUCCCAUCAACAUCUCGUUCCAGGUCAAGACCAGCCUCGAGGCCAUGUUCGAGAAGGCCGCGAGGGUCUUAUAUGGGGAUCGGGGGCUGGCCAACAGUCCGGCUACACCGUUUGCGCCGGGGACGGAUUGGCCCCGUGGCGAGGCGGCGGUGGCACGUCCUUCGCACGCAUCCGAGAGGCCAAUCAUCGGGUCGAGGUCAAAUAGCAACACCCAUGUUGAGUUGCGGGCAAUGACGGACCGGGUCGCAUACUGGGGCGAAAUCCCGGCCGACUUCGACGCGACGAUCUUUGACAAGGCCGAGACCAGCAUCAAGUACCUGGUCCUGACCAACACGUGGCCGAAGACAGAGAGGAUCUUUUGUGUCGCGCGUGUCAAAGAUUUUAUCCUGUGA